AUGCGCCCAGCCACCCUGCCAGUCCCCGGCCUGGGCCCGCCGCCCCCUUCCGAUUGGCCUCGCUCGCGCCUGCGCAGCGGGUGCCUUGGGUCACGUGACGAAGCUGCGGCCCCGGGUUUCCCCUCCCUCCGGCCGCCAUUUUGAAGGGAAGCGGGGUUGCUAGGAGACGCGCCGCUGGAGCCGCGAGGAAAGCCGCGCUCGGAGGGCCUGGCCAGACGCCGGGCGCCGCUCUCUCUCCUUGUACCCGGGCGCGCGGCGCUGUGCUCCCGGGCCUCCUUCUGCUCCAGGCGCCUUUCCCAGAGCCACGCGGGGCUCCGCGCUCCUGCUCUGCCGCCCGAGGUGCGUCUGCUCCGGUGACGGAGACCUGCGCGUGGAACUUGGUGGGGGAGCUGCAAAUGGUGGUUCUGCUUUGGUUCAAGGCUGCUGAGGAUGCUGGCAAUCCUGCUUGAUAGACGCUCGGGGAGAGAGUUUCUAUAUUGCAUAUAUAUAUAAUUGCACAUAGAAAGAAGCGUGGGAGCCGACUCCUAGGGGUCUUCAGCCCCCCCCCAUAUAAUAUUUGAGGGGGCUGAGCCCCCCUUGAUGUGUGUGCACCGUGUCAUGUGGUCGAUUAUGUGGGGCAGGAGUUACCCCCCCCCCCAUAUUUUAUUCAAGCUGAUGCCCCUGUAAAGAAGCAUGUUUAGUUUACAAAUUACUGGUUUCUUGUGCUUUAUUCAUUGAAUAGGCUGAUGCAACCAUCUGCUACUGGUGGAGAGUGCUUCCGUAUACAUAA